AAGCGGCUUAUAGUUUGGAUAGACUUUACGAAGGAUCCGUAAAAAGAUGCCGCUUCCUGAUGCAGAGGAGGAGGGCUUGCUGGUGGAGGAGCAGCUAGUUUCUCGAGUUUCCCCAAGGCGAUGGCGCAACACAGCAGCCGUGGCCGUCCUGAUUGCCUGCGUGGCUGCAGCACUAGUGCUUGUCGUGGCGCCUGCGUCGCCUGCUGCUCCGGCGUCGAAAUCACCAGCGCUAACCCGGCUGGCCGCUGCAGUUCCCGUGGCUCCGCUGCCCCCUGCAGUCGCCAAAGCGGCCCCUGCGGCUGCGGCCCCCGCGGCUGCGGCCGCGGCAAAGGCGGCCCCGGCCGCGGCUGCGGCUGCUGCCAGCGCAGCGAGCGCCGCGAGCGCGGCGCACGGGCAGAACGCCACCACAGCGGCGCAUGCUGCACUUGCGUGCAAAACAGCGGAGCCGGGUGACAAGUGCUACAAGGCAGUGCUGUGGGCAAAGUGGAUUGGCCUGGUGGAGCAUCCAGACUGGUAUCCAGGGUUGAAGCGUGCAACUGCCAACCGGCUGGCCAUUCAGGCCUGGUUGGCUGACCACAAGCAAGGAGAUUGCCCCAAGCCCUGCAAAGACACCACGUCUUUCCCGCUGCCCCCUGCGGGCAAAGGCUCGCCCACGCUCUUCUGCUUCUCCGUGGCGCGGCAGGGGCCUGAGAUGGACACGAUGUUCAUGCAGCGUCAGAUUGGAUCUGGCAUUUUUGGGUGCGAUGGCUAUGCAGUGUACAGUGAUGUUUCGGUCGAUAUCGACGGCUACAAGACGAUACUCAUUCCAUCGACAGCAUCCGGUGUCAGUACUGACAAGACGGCUGCAAAUUCCCAAGUGUUCAUGAACACUUGGAUGUCGCUUCUGACGGGGACCAAAUGGUACGACCACGACUUCAUUGCCAAGGUGGACCCCGACUGUGUGUUUUUCCCGGCGAGAUUGCGAGGGCAUGCCGCGCCUUACACAGGCCAGAACGUCUUUUUCCUGAACUGUGGAAAGUACAUUCCCGUCACAAUGUACGGAGCGCUCGAGGUUUUCUCCAAGUCUGCCCUUGGCGCCUAUUUGUCAGCGCACCAAAGGUGCGAGCAGCAGUUCCCCUUCAAUGCGUGGGGGGAGGACAAGUACAUGACCAAUUGCUUGGAGAGCCUCGGUUCUCGAACAGUCACCGCCUUGCAGAACUUUCUGCACGAUGAGAGGUGCUGGGGCGUGGACUGCGGCAACAAGGCGGCGGUGGCCUUCCACUCCUUCAAGAAGGUCAACACCUGGUACAACUGCUGGCUUCUUUCGAACCACGAUGGAUACUGAGCAGAGCGUUAGCGCCGAUCGCGCUUGUUUCUGGAGGAAGCGCGCCCAUGUCCCUUGGAAGCGUCAUUUUUUGUUGCUUUUCUCGUAGCCUCCGGGAAAAGCCGAUCGACAUCUCACCUUGCACCAGUGUGUGGCAUCCUGCGGCUGCCCCAUUUUUUUUCCCCCGGAC